CAGCUGCCUCCAGGCGUGAUCAUCCAAGAUGCACCCAAGGGCCCUGGCUGGCUUCCUCUUCUUCAGCUGGACGGCUUGUUGGUCCCUGCCCCUUCCCAGCGAUGGAGAUUCUGAAGACUUGUCCGAGGAAGACUUCCAGUUUGCAGAGAGCUACCUGAAAUCAUACUACUAUCCUCAGAAUCCUGCUGGAAUCCUGAAGAAAACUGCAGCAAGCUCUGUGAUUGACAGGCUUAAAGAAAUGCAGUCAUUUUUUGGCUUAGAGGUGACUGGCAGACUUGAUGAUAACACCUUAGACAUCAUGAAAAAACCAAGAUGUGGGGUCCCUGAUGUGGGUGAAUACAAUGUUUUUCCUCGAACUCUCAAGUGGUCCAAAAUGAACUUAACCUACAGAAUUGUGAAUUAUACACCUGAUCUGACUCAUUCUGAAGUGGAAAAGGCCUUCAGAAAAGCUUUCAAGGUGUGGUCUGAUGUGACACCUCUGAAUUUUACCAGAAUUCACAAUGGCACUGCUGAUAUCAUGAUCUCUUUUGGAACUAAAGAGCAUGGCGACUUCUACCCAUUUGAUGGACCCUCUGGUCUGUUGGCUCACGCUUUCCCUCCUGGACCAAAUUAUGGAGGAGAUGCUCACUUUGAUGAUGAUGAAACAUGGACAAGUAGUUCCAAAGGCUACAACUUGUUUCUUGUUGCUGCCCAUGAGUUUGGCCAUUCCUUAGGUCUGGACCACUCCAAGGACCCAGGAGCACUCAUGUUUCCCAUCUACACCUACACUGGCAAAAGCCACUUUAUGCUUCCUGACGAUGAUGUCCAAGGGAUUCAGUCUCUCUACGGUCCAGGAGAUGAAGACCCCAACUCUAAACAUCCGAAAACGCCGGACAAAUGUGACCCUUCCUUAUCCCUUGAUGCCAUUACAAGUCUCCGUGGAGAAACACUGAUCUUUAAAGACAGAUUCUUCUGGCGGCUGCAUCCUCAGCAGGUUGAAGCAGAGCUGUUUUUAACAAAAUCGUUUUGGCCAGAACUUCCCAACCGUAUUGAUGCCGCCUAUGAGCACCCUUCCCAUGACCUUAUCUUCAUCUUUAGAGGCAGAAAAUUUUGGGCACUUAGUGGUUAUGAUAUUCUGGAAGAUUAUCCCAAAAAAAUAUCUGAAUUGGGAUUUCCAAAAGAUGUUAAAAAGAUCAGCGCAGCCCUUCACUUUGAGGAUUCAGGAAAGACACUCUUCUUCUCAGAAAACCAAGUCUGGAGCUACGAUGACACUAACCAUGUGAUGGAUAAAGGCUAUCCCAGAUUCAUUGAAGAGGUCUUCCCAGGAAUUGGUGAUAAAGUAGAUGCUGUCUACCAGAAAAAUGGUUAUAUCUAUUUUUUCAACGGACCCAUACAGUUUGAAUACAGCAUCUGGAGUAACCGUAUUGUUCGAGUCAUGCCAACAAAUUCCUUAUUGUGGUGUUAAAAGUGUUUUUAAAAUAUUGUUAUUUAAAUCCUGAAAGCAUUUGAGAUAACACUUCCAGACAUUUGGGGGGUGAGUUAUGGAAGAAGGAGAGAUAUCGGGGAAAGCUUAGUUCUGUGAACGAGCUUCAGUAAGUUAUCUUUGACUAUUUAGUAUCUAUACAACUGUGCGUGGCUGGAACCACAUUGUAUUUUAAAGUUAUGAAAUUCAUUAUCUCGAUGAAUCACCUAAUUCUUGUGUGCUAUGUAGAGGCAGUAGUUGACAACAUUCCCAUCAAAAAUGAGAUAUAUGGUGUGUCAAAGAGAGUUACUUAACAUAUUAUUCAUAAGAAAACUUUGCAAAGACAUAAAAGUAAACACAUUUAUCCAAUUAAUGAUUUAUCUUUACUAAAUGUUAUAAAAUAGUAUGAAAAUGAAAUUUGGGGGUAGCAUAUGACAUCUGUACACAAAAAUAAACCAAAGGGAAAUGUCCACAGUAAAUACAUUUUAGGCAACUUUCCAAAGAAAUAUUUGGAUUUUGCACUAAAAAUAUUUGGAGCUACAUGCCCCUCUUCAUACAGACACUAAGGAAACUUCACAGUCACUAAUGAUAGGAGACAGAGGCUAGCAGUGAGGACGGAAGAUGCGGCCUUUGGAUUCUGCUUAAUUUUCACUUUUGACAGUGACUCAAAGACUGCUCUCAAAAAAGAUAGUUAUUCCUUUUCAUAUUUAUAGAAGACAAAGUGUUAAAAUAUUUCAGGUAUUAAAAUAUUUCAGUCUUUCAAAAACAUAAAACUAAAAUUGUUAACAAAAUGAUCUAAAGCCAUAGCAUCACUUUUUAAUAAAUCAUUUGAUCAUUUAAAACUAAAAGUAGUGUUUUACUUUUAUUCUAUCUAAAAUUGUUUUAAUUGUCCAGUUUACCUUGGGUAUAUAAGCUGUUUUUGAAAGAAAUAGUCUAAAACACAUCUUACAAAUUGGAAAUGUGUAUGUUAAAAAAACAAAGAUAUCUAAAAUAAAGAAAACAUGGUCCUCUUGAAGAAUAAAAUUAUUCCUUUUUUCUCCUUUUUUUCCUCUUUAAUCCUGUAUAACUUUUGACAGUGCCUUUCACUUGGUACUUGUUGAAUAUAUAAAUGGCCUUGAAGGGAAGAACCAUUGUGUUGAGAAAUCAUAUUCAUAAAAAUUCAGGCAAAGAAAAGAAAGUAUACUGUAUAUGCAAAGUGUAUUAGGAAGUGUUCAUGUUGUUUAUAAUAAAAAGAUAUUUUCAACAGA